AUGGAUGCAGCCUAUCCAUUACGUAGUCAAGAUUGGGCCUUGGUUUUUGUGGUGACUUGCUGGUGGCUCUGGCAAUGGAGGAAAAUGAGAUGCUUCUCUAGGGAGGUAGACAUACCAGUUGAUCAAGUAGCAUUUAUCUUUGCUCGUGUAGGGGCCAUGAAGAAUGCUAUGGAUGACAAGAUGCUAGGUGGUCUGACUGAUAAAAAGAGCAAGUGUGAGUUGUUUGUCAGCUUGGAAUGGAGGGCAUCCAAAAGUGCAGUUGACUGGGAUACUGAGGUAGUUGUCCAUAUGAUGGUUGAGGAGGAACCGGCUAACUCUCCGUACAUUCACAUCAUCCACAAAUGUAAGACUCUAAUAGCUCGUCAGGGAUGCGAGGUUACUAUAUCACACUGCUAUAGAAAAGCUAACCGAGCGGCGGAUUGGUUGGCUAACUUUGGGGUCGACUCCGACCAGAAGUUGGUGUUCUUGGAAGCGGUCCUGAGAGAUCUUCAAACCGUUUUAUUGGAGGACUUGGGUGGGAUGACGAUUCCUCGCUUAGUACCAGCUGUUGGCUCGUCUGGGUGA